AUGGCGUCGGAAAGCCAGCCUCGCAAAAUAAGAAGAACGGCCAAUGCCUGCGUCGCUUGUAGACAGAGCAAGAUCAAAUGCUCAGGACAAGACCCGUGCCAGAACUGUCAGCGGCGCCAAGUACAAUGCCGUUUCACAGAAGGCGUAACAAAGGUUAUGGUCUCGGAAAAAUACCUCCAAGACCUUCAGAAGCAAGUAGAGCAGUAUCAGCGCUCACCAUCAAACAUCAUCCUCGAGAACAGACAGAAUACAGAAACACCCUUCAUCUACCGCUCACCUCCCUCAGCGACAAUAUCCUCCGCGCCUCCGCCGUAUCGUUCCUCCAUAGAAGCAUCAUCUGCGUCAUACUGCUCUCCGAACAUAUCCCAACCUCACUCUUUUUCUCCGGGUCUCAAACGUAGAAGCGAUGCAGCUUUCAGCGACGUCAAUGGCUCGCAUUCGCAUCAACAAUCUGAGUCUGAACUUGUCAACCAAGGUCCCACCUCAUCAUCAUCAUACCAACCGCAGGGCGAGUCACCGUUGAGUAUUUGGCCUAGCGCGUUUACGAUUCCGUCCAAGAUUAUCAAGAAUACGCGGAAGAACAGACGGACUUGGAUAUGGCUGGCGCCGUGGUCGACUUGGUCUUUCACAUUACGACUGAUGCUCAUGUUGGGCGACAAACUACAGCCAGGAGGAGACAUGAUUCCGCCGCAGUUGAUAGAAGACGACGUGUACACUUUAUCAUGGAAUAUCCGCCCUCCACAUGAAAAACCCGAUGUCACUGGACUACCAUCUCUCGACUACGCGAUCUACUUAUUCCACACCUUCAAAUUUCAUCUCGGCCAGACAUACCGGCUCUUUGACGAGGUAGAAUUCGUCAACCAGAUCCGUGACUUUUACUCGGACGCGCAGAACAAGGCUGAAGAGAACCGCCUUUGGUAUGUCAAGUUUCUCUUGAUUCUGGCCUUUGGUACGGCCUUUCACUCUUCUCAAUGGAUGCCCUCCACCGAACCCCCCGGCUCCAAAUUCUUUGUGAGAGCGAUGGGUCUUAUGCCGGAUCAUACAGCGCUUUGGAAGGACAGUCUCCUCGCAAUUGAAGUUUUGGCCAUGGGUGGGUUGUAUCUCUACUCUAUCGACGAGAGAGAGUCUGCGCACGUAUAUCUUGGCCAGGCCAUCAGGAUAGCUCUUUUGGAAGGGCUACAUACACAACUACCAGACAGCGAACUCGGCAGUGAAACAGUUACUCGAUGUCGCGAUUUGUGGUGGACUUUAUAUAUCAUGGACCGACACUUUUCUUCGUCUCUGGGACUGCCAAUGUCAGUACAGGACAGUGAUAUCUCCACGCCAGUCAACCCUCCCAACGUGGGUUCUCAAGAUGACAGCGCGAGAAGUCUACAGGUGAACUUGUCGCAUCUGCUAUCAGUAAUUCUAACAACACUCUACAAACCAGAGAAAACACCACUCGGGCAGUUCCUCGAACAGACCAAGGCUAUUCUUCACACUUUGGCGCACCACGCACAAGAGAUUGAAAAGAUAAUAUCGAUGAAAUUCCGGAAUUCGGUAGACACGAUGCCUCGCGGUACAAAAUACAUUACGCUUCUAUAUCACCAGUGUGUGAUAGUAGCGACACGCCCUCUUCUACUUUCAGUCCUCAAAGAACGUCUCGAUAUUCUUGGACAGCCGGGCGCUGAAAACUCGGAAGCCUUUCUUGGACAGACGGCAGCGGUUAUAUCGACAGGCAUCAAAUCAGCUGUCAAGACACUCCAGAUUCUUACGAGCGAAUACAGUCUUCUGGAGGUCUUUCUCCCCUACGAUAUCGAAUUCACCUUUGGAGCCGCUCUCCACCUCAACAUGGCAACAGCUCUAUUCCCCGGCGUCGCCGACGAUCAAAACAGCCGCUUUCUAGUCCAUCAACUUCUCGAUAACAUGAUCGCCCGCGGGAACCGACUAGCCAAAGUCCGCAAACAAGAGCUCGUCUAUCUUGAAGCUCAGUGUCAGGAACUCGUCGCGCAAGUACAACAGCAAGGACUACAAACUCUUUCUUUAUCAGUUACGGAUGAAGCAGCUUCUGAGCUUGCAGGGAAGACGGAUGAGGAGAGGCUUUUGACUACAGAUUUAGAGGAGGGGACGAGCGAUUUGGAGUUUUUGGAUAAUAUUGGGAUUUCGUCAGAGGAGUUUAUGGCGAUUGUGCAGCAGAUUGGAGAUCCGGAUAUUAUGCCGGAGAAUAUGUUGACAUUGGAGUGA